CACUCCUGGGACAUUCAUUGUUCACCAUGGCUGUCAUCCUGUCCUGGCUGUUGUUGGCAGCUGCCGCCGUCUCUGCCAACCGCAUCCCUCAACUCCCUUCAGACGAUCCUCUCGCUGCGUGUCCUGGCUACAAGGCUUCCAAUGUCAAGACAACCGCCUCGAGUCUCACCGCGAACUUGAAUCUUGCGGGCCCCGCUUGCAAUGUGUAUGGCACUGACCUGCCAGAUCUGACAUUGGAGGUUGUAUAUGAGUCCGACGAUCGCAUCCAUGUCAAGAUCCAAGAUGAGGCCAAUAGCGUUUACCAAGUCCCAACCUCUGUCUUUCCACGACCGUCGCCAUCACCAGGGGCACGGCAACGCAGUGCCAACAUCCAAUUCCACUACGUUCCAUAUCCGUUUUCAUUCUCGAUUACCCGAACCCACACGGGCGAGGUUUUGUUUGAUACUUCAGCUGCGAGUAUCGUCUUCGAGUCUCAGUAUCUCAGACUUCGUACCUCGCUUCCGGAGAACCCCUACCUUUACGGGUUGGGCGAGCAUUCCGACCCGCUACGUCUGAAUACAACCGAUUAUAUCCGGACUUUGUGGUCUCAGGAUGCCUACUCAAUCCCCGCUGGCUCCAAUUUGUACGGCAACCACCCCGUGUAUUUUGAGCACAGGAUUACUGGUACUCACGGAGUCUUCUUCCUCAAUUCCAAUGGAAUGGAUAUCAAGAUCAACAACACCAAUGGAGCAGACCAAUAUCUAGAAUAUAACACUCUCGGUGGUGUACUCGACUUCUAUUUCAUCGCAGGGCCCACGCCCGUGGCUGUAUCACAACAGUAUGCUGAAGUAGUGGGUUUGCCAGCCAUGAUGCCGUAUUGGGGCUUCGGCUUCCAUAAUUGUAGAUAUGGCUACCAGGAUGCUUUUGAUGUGGCCGAGGCUAUCUACAACUACUCCAAAGCAGGCAUUCCGCUGCAGACUGCUUGGGUCGAUAUUGAUUAUUUCGAUAGGAGAAGGGUAUUCUCGCUUGAUCCAGAGCGAUUCUCGCUUAGCCUGAUGCAAGAUAUCAACCAUUAUCUUCAUGACCACAAUCAAAACCAGAUUCUCAUGGUCGACCCAGCAGUUGCAUACCAGGAUUAUCCCCCGUACGAACGCGGUGCAGCAGAUGAUAUCUUUCUGAAACGGUCCAAUGGGUCCUAUUGGUUGGGAGUCGUCUGGCCGGGUGUGACGGUCUUCCCAGAUUGGUUCAAUACAGACACUCAAAACUACUGGAAUAACGAGUUUGCUCUCCUUUUUGACCCAACAAAUGGAGUGAACUUGGACGGGCUGUGGAUCGACAUGUCCGAGCCGUCCAAUUUCCCCUGUAACUUCCCCUGCGACAACCCAUAUGCUGCGGCAGUCGGAUAUCCACCUGCACCCCCACCUGUCCGCACACCACCACGCCCGCUUCCUGGAUUCCCGUGCGCCUUCCAACCAGUUGGUACGGACUGUACAGAUGCCCCGGCGAGAAGGGAAAUUUCCGCUCCUGCUACGGUCCCGAAACCCGUUGAAAAAAGACAAGCACCUGGUCAGGAACUCGGUCUACCAGGGAGAGACUUGCUCUACCCCAAAUACGCGAUUCACAACACUGCUGCAUACACUGUCGCCGAUAAUGCCGCAGGAGGUGGUAUCUCAAACCAUACAGUCAAUACCGAUGUCAUUCAUCAAAAUGGACUCGCCAUGUAUGAUACUCAUAAUUUGUUCGGUACAAUGAUGGCGACGGCUUCGCGCGGUGCAAUGUUGAACCGCCGCCCAACAGAGCGUCCCAUUAUUAUCGCGCGUAGCACUUUCGCUGGUGCCGGAACAAAAGUCGGGCACUGGCUAGGUGACAAUGUGAGUGACUGGCUGCAUUACCGGAUCUCCAUCCGAACCAUGCUUGCCUUUGCCUCCAUAUACCAAGUUCCUAUGGUUGGAUCCGAUGUCUGUGGCUAUGGGGGAAACACCACGGAGCAACUCUGUUCUCGAUGGGCAACCCUCGGUGCUUUCAGUCCCUUCUACCGUAAUCACAACAGCAAUCCACCAAGCAUCUCUCAGGAGUUUUAUCGAUGGCCGACCGUGACAGCAGCGGCUAAGAAGGUUAUCGACAUCCGUUACCGCCUGCUUGAUUACAUCUACACCGCGUUAUAUCAGCAGACCGUAGAUGGCACUCCUCUCGUCAACCCGAUGUUCUACAUCUACCCUAACGACAUCAAGACUUUUGCUCUCGAACUGCAAUAUUUCUUCGGCCCAUCCAUCCUCGUCGCCCCCGUAACAGAGGAGAACUCUACCAGCGUAUCAAUCUACCUCCCCAAUGACAUCUUCUACGACUUCUACACCCACGAGCCUGUGCAAGGCCACGGCGCCGACAUCCUCAUCGAAAACAUCGACUACGAAUCCAUCCAACUCUACUACCGGGGCGGCGUGAUUGUCCCCCAGCGCCUGAACAGCGCCAUGACCACCACCGAGCUCCGCACCCAAGACUUUGAGAUUAUUGUCCCCCUCGGCCUUGACGGCCGAGCCACCGGCCAGCUCUACCUCGACGACGGCAUCAGCAUCGAGCAGGACGGAACCACACUCGUCCAGUUCUCCUUUGACGGCACGCACUUUUCGAUGCGUGGCAAGUACGGAUAUAACGCCGGCGUCCAGAUCGCAAGCCUCACGUUCUUGGGCAUGCCUCAGCGUCCUGGAGGCUGCUUGGUCAAUGGCCUGGAGGUCGGGGGCUGGAGGCAUGAUAGUCAGACGGGGACUCUGACGGUCCCUGUGGGGAAAGCGCUCACGGCUGAUUUUACACUCACGGUUAGGAGGUAG